GAGUUUCAAUUUGGGAUCUUCUCAUGAGCAGACAGAAAGUUUUGACAUGCCAACUGGUGCUUAUGGUGCUCCAGAUCCAAUGAUUCACGGAUUGGCAAACCCACGUCAAAAUCUUGGAGUCAGUCAUCCUCUUGAAACUUCAGAACGCAAUUUCCAUCAAAAUCGUUUACAACGUGAAAUGGUCUUAAUGAGAAACAUCCAGGGUCUUCAUGCUCCAAUCCGUUUAGCAAUGGAACUGAAAGCCGCUGACCAGGUUGGCCGACACCCAUUCUUGCCAUCGUCAAACGUCAUGCGUGACGUUUUGCUAGCACGUGACGAAGAAAUUGGAUUUGAGGAUAUACUGAACCCAGUUGAGUUCAGAGAGCAAAUGCUCCAGCCUCACGCAGUUGUGGAGAAAAAAUUGAGAUUGUUAUAA